GUGUCCUUUACAGUUUUUAACUGUGGUUUAAACCUCGUUUGACGUAACUGAUGUGAUUUUAACCGGUGACGGAUACGUGAGUGAUUUUUGUGAUUUAUGGCAAGUGGUUUUGAUAGAAGGUAUGCGGGCUCAAAGGAUACCCGCUGCCUUGCUACUAUUGCUCAUCGCAAUCGAUUCUCUGCACGCAAAUAGAAGAAAGCAAAAAGAAAAAGUCAUUCAAACCUCAAUAAAUAUUUGCGAUAUCAGCGACAGAGAUUCAAAAGUACACUGCUACUGCGAACACAGUCCCGAUAUCAACGAAGCAACAAAAACAGAAUGUUGGGUGUUCAAUGGUGGAAUAGAGAAAACGGACCCUUUGUGGGCAAGUUUCACAUCGCAAAUGAAUAUCGAAGUUCUCGCAUUCAAUGUACGCGCAGAUGGCGGCUUGAGCUUUGUACCUACCCGAGUUAUGAGAUACCUCCGAAAGUUAACACAAUUUAGCAUUAAAUAUAGCUCAAUACCUAGAAUAGAAAGUUACACAUUCACUAACAUAACAUCCAUACACGAGAUGACGCUAACAAAAAAUCAAAUUGUCGUUUUGAAUAGACACGCAUUUUACAACCUACCAAAUCUAACAGUUCUAACAUUAGAUGAAAACAAAAUUAAAAAACUAGAGACAGAAACCUUCUACGAACUACCAGCACUACAAAAACUUUUCUUAACUAGUAACAAUAUCACUGUAAUAGAGGAUGGUGCAUUCAAACAUCUAGUUAAUUUAUUAGAAUUAGAACUCGAUAGAAAUAAUAUAAGCGAUUUGAAAAAGGAAUGUUUCGACGGACUUGCUAAUUUAAAAAGAUUAGAUUUAAGAAGAAAUAAGAUAGCUAUAUUGAAUUCAUUUACAUUUAUCGAAUUAUGGAAUCUACAGGAGCUCUUAUUAGAUUAUAAUGAUAUUUAUGAACUAGCUCAGAGGACUUUUGAUGGUUUAUCUCAGUUGAAAAAGUUAAGCUUAAGUUAUAACAGAUUAAUAACCUUAGCUGAUGGGCUGUUUGAAGGAGUACGGGGAUUAUCAGCACUCAACUUGCGUCAUAAUAAAUUAAAGAGAUUCACAUUUGAUAAUCUACGUCCAAUUUAUGACAACAUCAAAUUACAGAAAAGUGAAAUUUCUUUGGAAGGUAACGAUUUUGAUUGCGACUGCCACCUGGCUUGGAUGCACAAAUUACGUAAUGAGGCAAAAAGUAUUAAAGUGAGAACGUCUUUAGAAAAUUUUCUCUGUAAAUUCAACUUAACUCUAUUACCCAAUUCCCAUUUUACGUACUACGAGAGAAUUGAUACGAAAAAUAAUGUAGAUAGCGAUAAAAUAAAAGACGAUGCCGAAAAUACAGAAGAGUUUCACGAUGAAAUCGAUGAAAGUUACUUAGACGAACCCAAGAAAGUGAGAGGUGAUAACGAAAGAACGUUAUUACAAAUUCCUGUGGAAUUAUUGCCUUGUCCCGCCGAGGUUAAGAGCGUAACCGAUAGAACCUACACUUACCCGUCUCAAAACGAAGCGAAGGAUUAUAGGAAUCUCAUCACAACAUCGUCUAUAUCGACGAUCGGCGUAAAUAUUUCAGUUUUCCUCCUAUCAUUACUUUUAUUGUUAGGGUAAAGAUAUUUGUUACGUUUCCGCGAUAGAUUCUUGUUGCAUUGUAUUUCACUGGUUUAUAAUAUUUUAUUAAAGGUGGAAAAAUUAUAGUUUCAAUAACUUGAAUGGCUUUGUGAAUUAAAUAGCCUGUCAUUUGCGUUCACCGCAUUAUUGUAUAGAUUAAGUUAUAAAUGAGAUUCUUUGUGCUCUGUUCCUUACAAAUUGCCCUUUGUGAAAAUGUACAUAAUCGAUAUUUUAAUCUAUCUGUAUGUAUAUCUUUUGUAAAUAUAAUAUAGAGAUUUUGUAAAGAAAUGUGAUAUAAAUGUAAGAUAUAUUUGUUUUAUCAUGGAUGUUAUUUUUAUUAGA